AUGAAGUCACUUAAAAAGUCCAAGAAGAAGAAUUAUGGAAAAGGUUAUAUAUCUACUCAACAUGAAGUCAUCCAACCCCAACCUCUUCCUCAUCUUAUUCAACCCCAACUUACUCAACCUCAACUCACUCAAUCUAAACCCCAACCUAUUCCUCAUCUCAUUCAACCUCAAAUCCAACCUAUUCCUCAUCUCACUCAAUAUCAUACUCAACCUCAACCCCAACCCAUUCCACAUUCAAGUAGGCCUCAACUCACUCAACUCCGACCACAACCACAACCUAUUCCACAUCCAAUUCGACCUCAACUCACUCGACCACCAUCUAGAUCUAUAUCCCAAUCGCAUUAUUCUCAACCUCAACACAAUCAACCUCAACCUCGUCCUCAAUCCACCCAAUCUCACCCUUUACAAACUCAACCCCAACACAAUCAACCUCAGCCUCAACCUAAUCAACCUCAAUCUCAAAAUCAACCUCAAUCUCAAAAUCAACCUCAAUCUCGACCCAUUCCUUCUCAACCCAAUCAACCUCAAUCACAACAUCGAUCUCGACCCAUCCCUUCUCAAUUUAUGGUCGUUGAAGCCCCAUCUUCAUCUAGCCAUGCUAGUGGAGACACCGUUGGAACUAGAAUCCCAAUAGUUCCCGAAGGUGAUGGAUUUGAUCAUCAUAAAUUGGUAGUUUCAGAAAUUGCUCACAUCAUACGUACUCAUUUGAAUGAGGGAAAACCGUCAUGGAAGAAAUUAUCAAAAGAGCAGCGAGAUUCUUUCUUUGAUCUAUUUAAGCAAAAGUUUACAUGGCCACCCGAGCACAAGGUUACAGUGCGUCGCAACUUUGAAAAAAGAAGUGCAGCUAAGAUGUCUCAAUUAAUGCAAGAUGUUCGGAGAGAUUUAGAGUAUAGGCCAGAAUGGAUGGGAGAGGAGGUGUGGAAGAAACUAACGGUACAUUGGAAUUCCUCCAAGUUCAAAAAAGUAUCUGCAACAAAUAAAAGAAAUCGUUGUUCUAUGGAUGGUGCAUCUCUUCACACUGGAGGAUCUAUUCCUCAUCGUUUGCAUUGGAAAAGAAUGAAAAAGGAAAAGGGUGCCGAUCCAUCAUUGACUGAAUUUUAUUUUCGCACUCAUCGAAAAAAGGAUCAAAGUUGGGUGGGUGUUCACGCUGAAUCUGCAUAUGAGGAAUUUGAAAGGAAAAAGUUGAUGAUUUCUUCUGAAAAUUCAACUGUUCCAGGAGAGGAUGAAGUUGAUAGUCAACCUACUGUUGAAAUGCCGUCUGAUUUGGAUAUAUGGGUGGAGUCAUUUGGAAGGAAGAAAGGGAGGGUAUUCGGUCUUGGAACCAUUGCCAAGACUCUUGUUCCAUCGUCAACUCAACCAAGUCUUUCGAGUAACUCUCAAGAGGUUGAUGAUUUGAGAAGUCAAGUCCAUGCUCUCAAUGCAUCAUUACAAAGACAAGAACAAGAGAAGUUGGAGAUGAAGCAACAAUUGCAACGACAAGAAAAAGAGAUGAUUGAAACGAACAAUAAACUUUCAUUGUUAAUGAAUCAUUUAGGAUUUGCUGCAUCUUCUUCUCAUCCACCUCAAGCCAAUAAUGAAAUUGAUAAUCAAAGUGAAGAUGAUGUUGAUGAAUCAGAUGAAGACAUUAGUGAACAUAUUAGUAGUGAAUUUUGA